AUGAACCUAGGUUGGGUGAACCGAUUUGCCAAUGCUGGGGAUGCUGCUGUUGAAAUAGCUGGAACCACAGCUCUAAGAUUCAGACAAGCUAAAACUGAGAUUGUAUCAGCUAGCAAGGUAGCCUAUCGUUUCCUUCUAGGUGUGGCAUCCAACAAUGGUUAUACUCCUGAAUCGCCUGGAAACUCGAAUGGUGGAUCUCUUAGGGUUCAAGCAACUUGGUUCAAGAACCUUGUCACCACCAGGGGAAAACCGUCAACCAGUACUGAAGUUGACAAUCAGGUGGAUCUAGUCUCUCCGCAACGGCUCUCACCAGUCCCCCCACUGACUCAACAGCAGUAG